AUGAUUUAAAAUUUGGAUCAAACUAAAGCAGAAAUUCCGUCAGAUGAAAAUGGAGAGAAAAAGAGCUCAACAAAUUACUCAUUAAAUUUCUAAAAUCAAAGUUUAUUGUAUAAGCAUUUUUAUAAUGA